CGGUGGCAGCUUCACAUCUAUAGCUAAUGAGAUUGUCAGUGUCAACGUAGUCUGACUUAUUCAUUGGUGCUGCUUGCACGUCGCCAGUCAGGUCAGAGUAAACAGCUGUUCGGUGCUUUAAUCGAAACGUCACCAGAAAAAGAAGAAACAAAAAAAUUAUAUAUAACUUUGACAGGAAUUUUGAAAAUGAUUGAGGAACAGAAUAUUCUCAUCGAUAUAAACGCCGGAAAAUUGUUGGACUGGCUCAUCAACAGACGACAUUGCAAUAAAGGAUGGCAAUCUAAUAUUUUGACAAUAAGAGAAAAAAUCAACAAUGCCAUACAAGAUAUGCCUGUUCAUGAAGGCAUAGCGAAACUGCUCUCUGGAACACACAUAAAUUAUUUUCACUGUAAGAAAAUAAUAGAAAUUCUCAAAGAGACUGAAGCAGAUUCGAAGAAUUUGUUCGGUCGUUACGGAUCGCAGAGAAUGAAAGAUUGGCAAGAAAUAUUGCGACUUUAUGAAAAGGAUAAUUUAUAUUUGGCAGAGGCGGCCCAGAUGCUUGUGAGAAACAUAAAUUACGAAGUACCCAGUUUCAAGAAACAGAUACAAAAAAUUGAGCAGACCGAAAAUGAACUUGAGAAAAAAGAAGCAGAGUAUAGAAAAUCUGAGAAAACAGCACGGACGGAGUUCAACACUGUGUGCAAACAACUUGGUAUUUCUGGUAAUAGAAUAAAACGAGAAUUGGCUGAAAGAAUCGUUGAACUGCCAGAGAUUUAUGAAAAGAUAGCUGAGAAAUCAAAAUCCCUGGAUGAUGUUGUUGAAUUUUAUGAAGCAUUUGUCGCAUUUACACUGGGACUUCAACAAAGUCGGGGAAGAGUCUCGAUGGUUAAAUAUCUCAUAGACAAAGGAAAUACAACAACGUACGAAUGGACGUACGGCGAGGCACCACUGACUGUUAUCGAACCACCUUGGAACAUCAAUUUCGAGAACGAAGAUGACGACAAAGUUGUUGAAGAUGUUAUUGAUUUCGGAGACGAGCAGCCCGGCGUAAUUGAUUUUGAAAUAUCAGACCUCAGUACAGGCGACAAUAAUUUGAACGUCGGGGAUGCAAUCGAUUGGGGGAAUUUGGAAAUGGAAGAUGCCGGUGAAGGCGAAAUUGAUUUCAAUAUUUCUCUGGAAGAAUCUGGCAUAGUCGUCGAAGCGGCGGGCCACGACGGCGGCACAGCAACCGGAAGUGAAGCUCUCACGAUCCUUGACAAUCCCACGACGAGAAACGACUUUAUCGACGAAUUAUUCGAGCUGGAAGCCUUCCUAAAACUUCGUCUGUACGAGCUCAACAGAGGUUACAGCGACAAUCUCUUGAGUAUGAGUCAAAUGCAAGAGGCUCCGCCGAUCUUGCAGCUCGCGACUCAGGACAGCACACAAAACAUGCUCGACAACGUUCAAGUACUCUUGACCGAAAUUCUCGACAGCCGAGUACAGCACUUACACAACAUCAAACAUUCUCCGAGGUACGUUGACGUACUAACCGGCACACUCAAACAGAAGCUUUCCUUGGUUGACAAGAUGGUAUCGAUGCAAAAGUUGGUUAAGCAGAGACGAGAAGAAGCUCGGGAACAAGCAAUUUCACUGCAACCAAUGCUGAAGCUCGUUAUUCAGAGAACUCGGGAACUCCAAAACGAAAUCGAACAGGACAUAUCAAAGAAGUACAAGAAUCGUGUGGUUCGGUUGACAGGAGGAGUGAAUGCUCUGUGAAAUAAGAGACGUCACUACGAUGUAAAUAAUACGAAAUCGAAUUGUGAAUAAAGGGCGACGUAGUGCAAACCGCUUUGGAAGUUGGACAUGGAAACCGUCUCAGGCAUUCGGACAGGGCUCUGUCACAUUCGCACAAACGUUGAGCGCACGAUCCGGAACCGCCCCAUUUACCGUGCUCGACGGCUGAAAAAAAAAACAAAAUGUUGCUAAUAAAAAUGCAAAUUAAGGAAGAAAUAUAAAUGGAGAAAAUAUUCACUCACCGCAGAUUGGUCUGUAGCCUCGGUAACACUUCCAGUAAUAAGGUACAAAAUACUGAAGAAAACUCGGACACUCUGUUGCGUCGUAACACCGAUCAUGCAUUCUGCAACAUCUGUAAAUACAAAAUAUCUAAAGUUAGAUUUUUUAAAAACUUUUCGAAAAUAUCCAACGUUCCCCUGUUUUUCUCAGUAAAAUUCAUUAAUCUGAAAAAGCCAAUAUUUUUAUGGAAACUAAGGCCCGAACCUUUUCAGAACUUCUUUAUUCGUUUUAUGCGUCAUGAUGGAAAAAUCUGCAGUUAUUUUAUAAUAAAUUUUCAAUGUCAAUCAUUUAGCGAGUUGUAUAUCAAAGUCGUGCAUCGAAAAUGUGCAAUAUUUUAAAAAUUCAGUUGCUCAAAUAUGAUCUGUGGGUUUAUAAAAUGAUUUUCAUUUUUAUUUUUAUUCUUAAAGAUGAGAUUCGUCUGAAAUGAGGGUGCUUAAAAAGAGUGAAUAAUUUAGAGUAAAACAAAUGUUUGGAAAUGAAACUCAAUUCGAAAUAAACCAUAAAAAAUAAUCUCAAAAAAUAUUGUCAAUAUUGA